AUGAGAGGAUUAUUAAACAAGCUCGUUUCUCACUCCCUCUCUGUCGCUGGCAAAUGGCAACACCAACAGCUCCGCCGCCUCAACAUCCACGAAUAUCAGGGAGCUGAAUUGAUGGGAAAAUAUGGGAUCAAUGUCCCUAAAGGUGUAGCUGUUUCUUCCCUUGACGAGGUUAAAAAGGCUAUUCAAGAUGUAUUUCCUGGCGAAAGUGAGCUGGUGGUUAAGAGCCAAAUUUUGGCUGGUGGACGAGGCUUAGGAAAAUUUAAGAACGGUUUUGAGGGUGGAGUUCACAUUGUUAAGGCUGAUAAGGUUGAAGAAACAGCUGGAAAGAUGCUUGGCCAGAUACUUGUUACUAAACAAACUGGUCCUCAAGGGAAAAUUGUCAGCAAGGUUUACUUGUGUGAAAAGUUAUCACUCGUCAAUGAGAUGUACUUUGCUAUCAUGCUAGAUCGUGCAACUGCUGGUCCAGUAUGGGGAACCAGCAUUGAAGACCUUGCCGAGAAAUUUCCUGACUUGAUUAUUAAGGUCCCCAUUGAUGUAUUUAAAGGAAUUACUGAUGAAGAUGCUGCAAAAGUUGUAGAUGGCUUGGCUCCAAAGGUUGCUGAUAGAAAUGAUUCAAUUGAGCAAGUGAAGAAAUUAUAUAGGCUCUUCUGCAAGAGUGACUGCACAUUGUUGGAAAUCAAUCCCAUGGCAGAGACUUCUGAUAAGCUGUUGGUAGCUGCUGAUGCUAAAUUGAAUUUUGAUGAUAAUGCUGCAUUUCGUCAGCAGGAGAUAUUCGCUCUCAGAGAUCCAACACAGGAAGAUCCUAGAGAGGUGGCUGCUGCCAAGGCAGAUCUAAAUUAUAUUGGCUUGGAUGGAGAAAUUGGUUGCAUGGUGAAUGGUGCAGGAUUAGCAAUGGCUACAAUGGAUAUAAUUAAACUGCAUGGGGGAACUCCUGCAAAUUUUCUAGAUGUGGGUGGGAAUGCUUCUGAAGAACAGGUGGUUGAGGCAUUUAAGAUAUUGACUUCCGAUGACAAAGUAAAGGCAAUUUUGGUGAAUAUAUUUGGAGGUAUAAUGAAAUGUGAUGUGAUAGCAAGCGGAAUUGUCAAUGCUGCCAAACUGGUUGCUCUAAAAGUUCCAGUGGUUGUACGUCUUGAAGGCACUAAUGUUGAUCAAGGAAAGAGAAUUCUGAAGGAGAGUGGAAUGACACUAAUCACAGCAGAAGAUUUGGAUGAUGCUGCAGAGAAAGCAGUAAAAGCAGCAGCUACUUGA